AGCAUAGGCACUAGCAGUGCAAAGGGUAAUACCAGCAAGGCUCGCAAAGCCCCCAUCAAGCGCAAUAAAUCCAGCGGCAAAGAUAGCACUGGCCUUCCAGCAUUUUCGGAGGCCAACUGUGGAUUGGCGACGAUGGAAUACUACGAGUCCAUCAAGAGGCGGGGGCUGAAGUAUACAAUGGACGUCAUUGCCUUGGUGCAC